ACGCAUCGUGCGUGUUAUUUGCGUGCAUAAGAAAUUGCUUUGUGUGAUCGGCCGGCUCGCUGUGCAUGCUUAGGCUCGGCAGCCUACGGCUGGUGCAUCAGUGGUCGCCAAGAUUUUACAACAAUUCGGCGAUAUUUUCUCCACUUUUGCCCGCCGUAAGCCACCAUUUUUGCUCCGUGCAUACACUGCUAGGAGUCUAUUCUACAGACUGUGCAAUCCACAGCCAUGCAUUCGGCACAGAAGUGACAUUUUGAGCCCAGUUAUCUGCACCCGUAUCGUCCGGGAAGAGAAGCUCGACAACCAACGCACGGUGAGGUAGACCGUGUAGCCGGCCACCCAGCCCCUCGUUCACCGGAGCCAACGCAGCGGCCAACGGCCGGGGCUUUGUGGAACUGUGUGUGAUGGCAGUGUGUGGGUCGCGGAUAGCGGCCAGACAAAUGGCUUUCACGGGGACUCCUCGGGACCACGCCAUCCUCAGUGCAACUCAAACCUUCUACCAGAGUGCUGCCACAGCAUCCAGCUUGGCUAGGCGAGAUUUUGAGCCCGACAGACCCAUCGGUUACGGUGCUUUUGGCGUGGUUUGGUCAGUGACGGAUCCCCGAGAUGGCAAGCGGGUGGCUCUCAAGAAGAUGCCUCACGUCUUCCAGAACCUCAUCUCCUGCAAACGCGUCUAUCGCGAACUCAAGAUGCUCUUUUUCUUCAACCACGACAACGUGCUCCGUGCUCUGGACAUACUUCAACCCCCUCAUCUAGAUUACUUUGAAGAAAUAUACGUUGUGACAGAGCUUCUCCAAAGCGACCUUCAUAAGAUCAUCGUCUCUCCACAAUCUCUCAGCUCGGACCACGUCAAGGUCUUCCUCUAUCAAAUUCUAAGAGGGCUGAAGUAUCUUCACUCGGCUGGUAUUCUGCACAGGGAUAUCAAACCUGGCAACCUUCUUGUUAACAGUAACUGCAUACUCAAGAUUUGUGAUUUUGGGCUGGCCCGCCUGGAGGAACCAGACACCAACAAACACAUGACUCAAGAGGUCAUCACACAGUACUACCGUGCGCCAGAGAUCCUCGUGGGCAGCAAACACUAUGGGUCAUCUGUGGACGUCUGGUCGGUCGGCUGCAUCUUUGCCGAGCUCCUGGGAAGAAGGAUUCUGUUUCAGGCACAGAGUCCAGUUACCCAGCUGAACCUCAUCACUGAUCUCCUUGGUACCCCAAGCAUGGAGGACAUGAAGUACGCUUGUGACGGCGCAAAAGCGCAUCUACUUCGGUCACCGCACAAACCUCCCUGUCUGUCAGCAUUAUACAGUCUGUCAACUCAGGCUACGCAUGAAGCUGUCCAUCUCCUGAGUCGAAUGCUGGUCUUCAAUCCGGACAAGCGCAUAUCGUGUACAGAUGCGCUGACCCACCCCUACUUAGAGGAAGGGCGGUUACGCUACCACACCUGCAUGUGCCGCUGCUGUCACAACACGGCAGCGGGCCGGCAGUACACCUCGGACUUUGAGCCCGCAGCUCCGCAGCGGUUCAGCUCGGAGUUUGAGGACGGGUUGUGCAGUGUGCAUGAGGUCAAAGAGGCCCUACACACAUUCAUUACGGACAGGCACCAGGGUAACAGCGUGCCCCUUUGUAUAAAUCCCCAGUCUGCUGCCUUCAAGAGCUUUGCCAGCUCAUCAGUAGCCAGUGCCUCUGAAUUGCCACCCACCCCUCAACCCUGGGAGUAACUCCUCCCCCCUACUGUCUCCAACGGGUAUCAGGGGUAAGCCAGUGCCCACCCUCCUACUCUCCCCCCCCCCACGUUGUGUCCCGUCCACGUUCCCCCUCUUCAUCCGGGACCGCCUGUUGUGUGUACGGCAUGAUGGACCCAGCCCUAUGCACAUUAAACGUGUGGUAUCUGUAUUUAUUACUGUAUCCUUGUGUUUGGAGUACGAUAAAGCAAUAUUAUUUGAUUCAGCAGUAAUUCUGUAUACUGUACCCAUUGUCUCCCGAAAGUGAAUGCUGCAGUUCAUUUAGAGAGUUUGUCUCCAGGGUUACGAGUUCCAGUGUCAAUGCAGCAUUAUUGUAGAGAUACUGAAUUUUCGAUCUGACGGUUGCAAAUGUGUGGGUUUUUUUUUAAGUACUCUAAUUAAAGAGGAUAAGUUAUUGUAAUAAGUCAAUCAUCGACUAAUGCUUUUUGUGUGUAAAUGAUGGUUGAUUCUCUUAGAAGUAACUGCUGGUUAUCAAAGGUCUUGUUUAAUUACAUCUAUGCAUCACCCCUAAACAAGAGUGGAGCAACCUAUGUGAACUGUUACUGCAAGAAGGAUCGACUGUCAUUUUGAGGGGGUUUUAACAAUAUGGGGGUCUUGUACAGUUCUGUUUGCCAAAGAUGGUGCUAAGUUGUAGGGAUUUUUUGUUUUGGCUCAGAGAAUUAAUUGAACAAACUGUAGAUUUGAGCAAGUAAAUGUGUAAGCUCUUUUUUGUAUGUGUCCGUAAUGCACUUAACAUCUCAUUGGCUGUGCUUAAUUUUUUUUUUUUUCCCUGAAAACCACUUGCAAUUUUUUGUUGUAAGGACAACCCAUUAAUAUAUGCCAUUCCGGACUUUCUGCCAGAAGUUAAUCUUUGAAAUAGAAAAGGGAUUCAUCCAUGGAGGCUUGCACUUUGGGAAUUCUGGCCUGCUCAUAACAAUUUAAUGUUUCUGCUAAUCGUGUUCAAAAAAGCGCUCCUGGUAAUUUGCAUAUCAUGCAUUCCCUUUCUGGAAGCAUUUUUCUAGCUUGUUCCUGAGCUUAAAUAGUAAGCAGAAAUUCUCCUUUUUGGGGACAACAUAAGACUACCUUGUAGCAAGUAAGAUAAGACAUCGGAUAAAGCGUGCAGGCCAGAGACUGGUUUAGCUAUUUAAAAGCAUGUGUUCUUCACUGACUCGAUUUGUUGCUUUAAUAGCAAUCCUUGGACUUUUGGUUGGGCAAUUUUUACUGCAGAAGAUGUUCCAUUAGGCGGAAAAUUAUCAACGCCAUGAGCCAUUAUUUUCUUAUCAGCUCCCAUAAACAAUUUGAACCUUCCACACAUCCCUGCCCAAUCACAAAGUUGCUUUUUAUUUUGAUUGAUGUCGCCAUGUCCAGUAUGUAGCAACUCAUCUUGGGUUGCCCAAUUGGUGUUAAACUCUACGAGUACACAAUGCAGUUUGCUGAAAUAAAUACUGUUGGGGAGAGAAAAGCUAAUGCACAGUAUUCAAAAAUCUGGGAGCUACUAAGUUACAUGUAUAUGCAGUGAUUUAUCAUUAAACUACCUCUGAAUAGUGGAUCUGCCUAUUAUGACAUUAUUAUCAAGGAAGACACCACUGUAUUUCAGAGGGGUGGGAUUCUUGAUUUGAUCCAUAUCUCCUGCACUGAUUAGGCAGUGCAGUGCUGACUUCGUUCUAACCUAGUUGUAAUACUAAUUCUAUUUAUCGUUACUGUUUUUUUAUACAACGUGUAUUGUGCAAUUUGUAUCCGGGAUUGUUGUCACAAAAGGGAAACCCAUUUGUAUGCUGAGUAAUUAUGAAAGAGCAAGUUCAUUCAAGUUUUAUUUGUAGUGUCUCGAUUGUCAUUAGGAAAGGUUUGAUUCACAAAUGUUCAGGAAGCUUGAAUAAGGGUGAAGUUACUGCGAAGCGUUGGCUUUAUAAACAAAUGCAAAAGUUUUGAGGGAGAGAUUUCGAUUUUUGCAGAUUUUGGUCCUCAUGUCUUUCACCAUUUCAGUCACACUAUUGAGUUACAUAUUUGCUGUGCCCCUCCUUUCACCCCCCUGAAGCAAUGCACUGCUCCAGUCUUAAAGCUUUCCUCAAUGUAAAUAGGUCUGUGGACCUGUAGGAGGGGUGGAUUGCUUCGGUUGUGAGGUGCUGCUCUCAUUGAGAUGAGAUGGAUUGUGCUGGAGAAUGUGCUCUGGCAGAGAGUCCUUAGUCUUUUGAGUGAGAGGUAGAGGCACUGUGACACUAGCGGUCAGAGGGUUCGGGCAAAAACAAACCUAAGAAUAUACACACAAGAAGAGCUGGGCAAUGCAGUAUCAGGAUGAAUUACUUCCUGGUCUUGACGGCAAAUAAUCGUGUUAGUAUGAUGGGAAACAUUGACUUCUGAAUGUCAUCCCAACUGGGACAAAAGAUUUCUUAGUAUAUAAACAAUGAACUGAAAACGAGUGACGGACGUUUACAAUUUUUACCAACGUUUAGAGAAUCUGUACAGUUUUAAACUUUGUAAAAUUAGUUGUCUCUUGGUUCCUUGAAACUUUUGUUCUCAUUGAUGUUUUUGUGUACAGUUUACUUCACUAAAUGUUUGAUUGGAUCAGCGUGUUGGCUGUACAGGUCGUAUGUUAAGUCAGGUACAUGUGUGUAGAUGAAGGUUCCGAGUGUUGGUAGGACGAAAGAAGAAAAAGAUCACGUGCCAUUUGUCAGGAUAUUUAUAUCAUGAUUGCAAAUGUGUGUUUUUUUUCCCCUUUUUGUUCAAUGUGUUCAUUGUGCUUUUUUGCAAGAGGAUUUGUAAAGUGACUUGUGAAGAUCGGGUGCCAGUGCUGCAUUAUUUUUGAAAGUUUCAUCGUAUUGCCAAUGCUGCUGGGAAAGAGAGGACGAAAUUGUCCCUGCAAACGGAUGAUUUAGAAUCAGUUUUUUUGUGGGUUGAAUAAGUGGCUACUGUUUCAUCUCUUCAAUCGUCUUCAUGGCUUUACAAAACUAUGCUGCAAGAGACAGAUAUUUGUCCAUGUUCCAACACGAUGUUGUGACAUUACUCUCUUUAUACUACUUAAAUUGUGCUUGACAAAUAUACCUGUCCGAUGUACUACUAGCAUAGAAAGGAAAACCUACUAAUAUAUCUUUUGUAAAUAUCUUUGUAGAAUGUAGUUUAUUUCAAUAUUUAUUCUACACAUAGUAUGAAAAAAAAUCAGUUUUGAAUUAUGUGUUUAUGAAAAAAUGGCAAUUUUUCUCCUUUUUUAAAUUUUUUUUUUCCAUUCCGUGUAAUGUGUGUGUGGUGUGUGUUUACCAAGGUAUUUUUUCCGAAAAAUGAUGUGGUCCUUUUCAGGAGCCAUCAUUUAGAGAAUUAAAUUAUGAUGUAAAAAUGAAAUGAUUGUACAGUUUCAAACAGUGAUGCAUGUAACAGCAACUUUCACUGCAACUUGUUUCUGUUCUGCAAAUCAGGCUUUUUUCCAAUUUUAUAUUGACCCAAAUUCAUCGAACUUUGAAACGUGUUGUUAAACACGAACGAUAUGCAAAUUGAAUAACAACUUUUUUCAAAUAUGUGGGACCAUUUUUGUAUUUAAGUGUAAAAAAAGGAAACUCCAGACCCCAUUUUUAAUGUCCCUUUAUUUGGCAUAUGAUCAGACACCAACAGAUGAGAACAUGCACCUUGCAUUCAAAGUGCAUUGGGCACUGUGCGCAAUCACAGAAAACAUCGAGGGGUUUUUCAAAACUCAGCUUUCUUUUGAGCUGUCUGUUCUGGCCCCCAGCCGUAAGGUCCCUUGUUAUUGUAUUGGUCAUUUUCUGGUUCAGGAACAUCAAAUCUUUCAAUGCAAGGUCAGAGUACAUGUAUUUCCCUCUCAUUCAAGAACAAAGUCUUCUCAAUGAUUUAGGAACCAGAGAUGAAGCUGCAGUCGUAAGCAAAGCUGAAAUUUGAUAAACCUUUCAGCUUCUGUCUAGUAUAAAACUGAACAGUAAUUGUAGAGUGGUUCACCCACCUAAAGACAAUUCGUUACAUAUUUUUGAAAGAAUAUGUGUCAGAAUAUUGAACCUAUUAUCAUGGGGGAAUAUAGCCUUAUCUGUUGGAUUUUUUUUGCAGUAGCUGUAUUUUUUUCCCUUUUUUGGCAGCCAUCCCUUACAACUGAUGAGGAACUAGACACAACCUGUCUAGUCCUUUUUCCAGUUUGUAAUAAGCAAAACGAAAUAAAAAAAUAGCAGAACUGAACUGUAUAAGUGGUGCCUAUAAAAAAAUGUUAACGCCCCUUGUUAAGAACUUGAAGUUAAUUACCUGUUUUGGCUGAAUAUUUGGUAGGAAUUGCAAUAAAUGUAGUUGUACUUUUUAAGCAAAAUAUGCUUUUUUAACCCUUGGAGAUUUUUGUAAAGUGCAUAAUACAAAAGCAUUGGUCUGUUACUUCCAGGUUUAAAGGAGAAUUUAAAAUAUAAUUGAUACACGAUUAUUUUUCUGGUCGAAAGUGGGACAGUAUCUGAAAUGAUUCAACAAAUCUGAACAAGUCUUAAAAAAACAAACCCGUUAUUGUCAGGUUAAAUAUUCCAAUUGUUGCUUACCUGCGAUGUAUGCAAUCCUUAAUCUAUUGGAGUCAUCUGAGAGUUCAAAUAUGUCGUUAUAAUUCGUGUGAAAUCCGCAGCUUUGGUUCUCCGGACCUUGGAACAAAUAUCUAUUGUGCUAUUUCAAACCCCUGCAGUAUCAUGUGGCGAGUUGAACAACAGCAAAAUUAUGUCUUAAAGACUCCCUGCACUUCAGCACGUGGUGUUUUCCAAGUGUUAAAGACAGCCUGUAAUGCAAGUGUGGAUUCAGUACCUGUUUGUUUUAGACAGUGUUGCAGUGGAGUUUGUUGUAAGUCCCUUCACAAGACCUUUUACAAGACCGGUCUUAUUUAACAGGGUGAACAGUAUGCAGAAAAUGCUUCAUGUUCUGUUAAGAUUUAGUUGACUAGCCUAUAACUUGACUUAAGACUGGAUAACUAGUGAUUUUACGGGGCAUUGUGAUGGACUUGACAGCAGCACUGGCUUUUAGAUAUCAAAUUUCAAUAAUGCAGUCACAAAAAUACAAAAGUUCUCUACCUACGACCAUGUGUUGUCAUCUCAUCUCACAACAAUGACAAAGGCAAUUAAAUUUUUUAGGUGAAUUGUUUCUGAGCUACACUAAUAAAAGUACUUGUGCUCAUUAUUUAUAAGACCAAA